AUGACGAGAAGACAACAAGAUCAACAGUCUAGGGUUUUUAACGAGCUCUCUGCUUUAAUUUGGGAUAUUCUCCGAUCUCCUCCGACGUCGAUUGACUUUUCCGAUAGCUCCCGGGUCAUGCAGCGUCCACCGGUGGAGGUGAGUUCAUCGCGGAGGUCUUCGGCGGCGCCUAUGCCGCCGAUGACUCCAGCGGGGUUCGCUUCUUUGUUGUUGGGAAUUUCGCUGGCUCUGAUGCUGUGUGGAUCGGUGACGUUCUUCCUUGGAUUCAUAUUGAUGCCUUGGGUGCUUGGAUUGGUCAUGGUUUUCUAUUUCAUUGGGAUUGUCUCGACCUUGUCGAUGCUUGGUCGUGCCAUUCUUUGUUACACUACUUCACCGUCCUCCCCGCGAAAGGACACCUCCGGCUGGAAACUCUUGUGA